UAAUCUUGCUGCAUCUUCCCUCACAAAGCACCCCGGUUAGGCACAGAGCCAAUACUCAAAUACUAAGGUUUCCUUAAACUCCAGGAUCCCGCUGCUCUCUCAUCUAUUGCAUCUUCGCAUCACCUGCUCCUCCGCAUCCAGAAGGAUUGCGGGAAGAAGAGCAUCCUACUUCCCACGCUUCCAUCCGGAAGAGGAAUUAGGGGAGGUGAUUGAUUCGGUGGUCGUGAUAUUCAGAGGUGAUCAAAUUUAAUGUCAAUUUGUAGUAAAGACAAGUGUGAAAAACUAUAAACUCUCAAACUAUAAAUAAAUUAGUUUAUCCAACUCUGCACUCACAAUUAACACUUUUUAUUUUAUUUGUCAACUUGCCAACUUAGGAGUCUGCAAAUUUAGUUUGCACCGCAGAUCUGUGUUUUUUUUAUGAAUCGCAAAGCUAAUCCAUCAGAAAGGCUCGUUAAAUGCAUGCAUUAACAAGUCAUUAGCAAAUUGGGAUUAUAGAAUUUUUCAUUUAAAUUGUGAAGAUAUGAAAAUUUCGGACAUUUGUCUUUUAAUCGUGUAAAAAGGAUUGAAGUAUUUUAAUUGACUGUGCUUGAAGACAAUCUCUAACAAUGACUGAAGAAGGGACCUCAAAAUUUGAGGUUACUCAGGCUAAGACCCCUGAUGAUUCUACUUUGAGUCCUAUGUCUCCAACAUCCUAUACAUUGAGUGACAAUGACAGGACUACUGAUCGACUUUUACCAGGGGAUGGCCACCAAUCCGAUGAUCUUUCUGCAAAAGAUAAAAGCAAUGCAGCUUACGAUAAAAAUCUUUACCUGUAUAGUGAUGAAGCAGACGAGAGGCCUCACGUAGCAAGCUUUCUUCAUUCUUUAGCCAAUUACAAUGUAGCAAUACCAACUGUUGAAGAAGCAGGUGAAGGUAAGGAGGAGGGAGAAGGAGUUGAAAAAAAGGCUCCACCUAAGAAGGCCAAUUUAGGUACAAUAGCCGGAGUAUAUCUACCAUGCAUUCAAAAUAUAUUUGGUGUCAUCUUCUUCAUCCGUUUGGUUUGGAUCGUAGGAACUGCUGGAGCAAUCGUUGGUUUCAUUGUUGUUUUCUUAUGUUGCUGCGUGACAAUUACAACUGUAAUUUCAUUAAGUGCAAUUGCAACGAAUGGUAUAGUACCGGCGGGAGGUUCUUAUUUCAUGAUAUCAAGAUCUCUGGGGCCGGAAUUUGGAGGUGCUGUAGGAAUACUUUUCUACUUAGCAACAACAUUAGCUGGUUCCAUGUAUCUGGUCGGCGCUGUUGAAAUUUUGCUAAAUUAUAUAGCACCUGAGCUUGGCCUAUACGGGGACUUCAGAUCGGAUUCAGAAAUAAUGUAUAAUAAUUUUAGAACGUACGGUACAGUUUUACUGAUUAUAGUAGGUAUCAUGGUGUACAUUGGAGUUGGAUUUGUUAGCAAAUUGGCGCCGAUUGCUUUAUUAUGUGUCAUCGUUUCAAUCAUCUGUGUCUACGUUGGCGUUUUCAUCAAUAUGGAUGGAAAGCAUGAUGUAAAAUUUUGUACGCUGGGAAAUCGAAUAUUAAAUACCAAAGGUUAUACUGUGUGCUCUAAAGAUAAGAAUGACACCAAUUCAUUAUAUUACGUGUAUUGUAAACUUCCUGGAAACCUAACUGUAAGCCCCGGAAAUCUUACUGAAGAUAUUGAGUAUGAUUGUGAUGAUUUUUUCAAGAAGAAUAAUGUCGAAGAAAGAUUAGCAAUACCUGGACUCAAAAGUGGUGUUUUUUGGGAAAAUAUCGGUGUGUAUUUCCGAUCAAAAGGCGACGUUAUAGACUUAUCAACAAAUGAGGAUGAUUCAAAUCCAAGAGGAGAUAAAACUUACAAUCAAAUUCUUGUUGACAUAUCGACAUCUUUUUAUUUAUUAGUGGGUAUAUUUUUCCCAUCUUGCACAGGUAUAAUGGCUGGAUCUAACCGUUCAGGAGAUCUAGCGGAUGCGCAAAAAUCUAUUCCCGCCGGUACUCUGGGUGCACAAAUAACGACGUCUAUUGUCUAUUGUUCAGGAGUUAUUUUCUUUGCGGCAUCAUUUGACAAUCUAUUUCUUCGUGAUAAAUUUGGUGAAAGUAUAGGAGGAAGUUUGGCGGUAGCUCUUUUAGCGUGGCCUCAUCCUCUUGUCAUUGUUAUAGGAUCUCUCCUUUCAACAAUAGGAGCUGGAAUCCAAUCACUCACAGGUGCACCACGUUUAAUGCAAGCUAUAGCAAAAGAUGGCAUUAUUCCCUUUUUAAACCCAUUAGAAUAUAGCAAUUCAAGAAAUGAACCCACAAAAGCCCUUAUACUUACUUUACUCAUCUGUGAAUGUGGAAUUCUUAUGGGGAAUCUAGAUUACAUCGCACCUAUUCUUACAAUGUGUUUCCUUAUGUGUUAUAUGUUUGUCAAUCUCGCCUGUGUAGUCCAAAGUUUGCUCAAAACUCCGAACUGGAGACCUCGCUUCAAAUGUUAUCAUUGGUCUAUAUCAUUGGUUGGCGUGUUGCUAUGUUUAUCUGUAAUGUUUAUCAGCAGCUGGUAUUAUGCGCUAGCGUCAAUGGCUUUAGCUUUACUGAUAUACAAAUAUAUCGAAUUCCGUGGAGCUGAAAAAGAAUGGGGUGAUGGUAUUCGUGGAUUAGCUCUGUCGGCAGCUCGUUACAGUUUAUUGAGAUUAGAAGAAGGACCACCCCACACUAAGAAUUGGAGACCACAACUUCUGGUAUUGUGUAAGCUUAACAACGAGCUAGUACCAAAACACAGGAAAAUAAUUGCCUUCGCCUCUCAACUCAAAGCUGGCAAAGGGUUGACCUUAGUUUCAUCGGUCUUAGAAGGUGAAUUUACAAAACGCUCCUCAGAAGCCCAAGCUGCUAAACAAAGUCUAAGAAAGAUAAUGGUUGAACAAAAAAUUAAAGGUUUCGCAGAAAUCGUAGUUUCUCGAAAUGUUUCAGAUGGCUUGAGUCACCUAGUUCAAACAACCGGAUUGGGAGGACUUAAACAUAAUACUGUAAUUAUGGCGUGGCCAUUUUCUUGGAGAAAUAAUCCAGACUCAGUUAGAAGUUUUAUAGAUAGCGUCAGGAACAUUGCAUCCAGCAAAAGUGCCCUAUUAAUACCUAAAGGUAUUGACCACUUUCCAGAUAACGCUGAUAAAGUGUCCGGUCAUAUUGACGUAUGGUGGAUUGUCCAUGACGGAGGACUGUUAAUGCUGCUAACAUUCUUGAUGAAGCAACACAGCGUUUGGAAGAAGUGCAAGCUAAGAAUAUUCACCAUUGCACAACUGGACGAUAACAGUAUCCAAAUGAAGAAAGACUUAGGCACAUUCUUAUAUCAUUUGCGAAUUCAAGCAGAAGUGGAAGUAGUAGAAAUGGUGGAUACAGAUAUAAAUGCUUACACAUAUGAGCGCACUCUAAUGAUGGAACAGAGAUCCCAAAUGCUGAAACAUUUGAAACAAAGGAGAGGUACCCUCACGGUGGUCCAAUCCAUGAAAGAUAGUGUCAAUCAGCCUUCCUCAAAGCCCAGCAAAGUACAGUUCAUUGAAAUGCCUGAACAAGAUCCUGAAGAUCUUGUCGAUGAGAGCGAAGAUUCUCCUUCGAAAGGAGGAGACAAAAGCCCACCGAAGGAGAAAGGCUCUCCUCCAGCUCUUGCUCCUUCCAUUUCUGUGGAUGCUUGUGAUGAUCCCGCCCCAGUGGAAAAUGACGUGAAAACAGAAGAGAAAAACGAUAGUAAAACGCUUCUAUCCAAACCAGAUGAAUCUAACGUUAAACGUAUGCACACAGCAGUGAAAUUAAAUGAAGUUAUACUCAGCAAAUCCCAAGACGCUCAACUUGUUGUUUUUAACUUGCCAGGACCUCCGAAAUUGAGAGUAGGAGAAGAAAACUAUAUGGAAUUUAUUGAAGUGCUCACUGAAGGAUUAGAAAAAGUUAUAAUGGUGCGUGGUGGAGGACGGGAAGUAAUCACCAUCUAUUCUUGAAGAUCUGUAUUUAGUAGACUGAUACAUCUGCAGAGGCAGUUGGCAAUACGGGUGGGAGCGUCAACAUUAAAAAUAUUAAAGAAACUUUGCUGUCUGUCUACUAUUUCAACAAAAAAAAAAGAAAUAUUUUUAUUUAUUUGUUUGAUUGCUUGAUUUUUACAUAGUUUUUUUUUCCUUUAUUUAU